CCAUCUUUAACAACCUAUAAACAAAUAGAUGUAGCGGGUGAAUGAAAAUUUGUCAUAUAUUCCAGAAUGAAGGGCCAUAUAUGUAUUUCAGUCAAAGACGUAUUUUAAUAGAAGAGGUUGGAAUGAAUCAGCACUGAAGAUUAGGGUGGUUAACAAGAGAGUGUCCAUGUGAAGAAAAAUACUAGUAGCUUGGUUAUGUCUGAUAUUCCUCUACUGAAGGCAAUCAAUGCAGCCCUAGCAGAAGCAAGAGCUAAAUACAGCAAUGAUGAAAAAGAAGAAAAGAAAGAAAUACAUGAAAAUACAAGUAAUGUAAACAUUUAUAAUCAUUACGACAACAGGGACAUCAACCAGAAUGAGAAACUGCCUCCCAGCAGUACAGAAUUAAACACUGGCUUUCCUAGGCAUGAUAAACCAGAUGCAGAAAUCAACCUGCUUAAUGCAGAAAUCAGCAAAAACAAAGAAGAAUUAUCCCACCUGGAUGUGGAAAUAAACCAACAGAAACAUGUCAUAGAAGUGAUAAAUGCAGAGAUAAGCCAGCUCCAUAUUGAUAUAGAUGGAGGGAGAGAAGAGGAAGAAAAAGAAAAUGACCAUGAGAUCAAGGAUGACCCUGUUUUUAGACACAUACAAGAGACUGUGAAGAGGAAUAAAGAAAAGCGUGAUUCAGUGGUCUCAAUGGCAUCUAGCACAUCUUCAGUGGGCAGUGAGGGAGGCCAUGCUGUGAAGACUUCAGCCAACUUUACCACCGUCCCCUAUGGCUUUAUUCCUAAGGCAGCUUACGAACAUAAUAAGAAGAAUACUGACAUUAUGGGGGUCACCUACAAUGGCAAAAUGAAGCAGUUUGUGAUAGUUGAUGCCAAAGGAAUAACAACAUGGAGUCCUGAAGCUAUCAAUGUGUCAGUUAGCAGAGCCCACAAUUACCCCAAGUAUGAAUACAGGCUAGUAACCCACCUUGUUUAUGCCAAGAAACAUAAUGUCUACUUUGCUCUUUGGAAGGAUUUUUCACUCAAGGUGCUGAAUAAAGACUUUGAGGCUGCCUGCUCUGUGAGUGCCAGUCUGAGGUCUGUGCUGUUCAUGCUCUUCAACCCAGUUAGAGAUGAACUCANUUAUAUUUAG